GAACGUGAAUAUCGUGCUUAGAAUCGGACGUUAUUGAAGGAUUGUCGUGAACGUGGAUCACUUUCAUUUAUAAACUGAAACACUUCCAAAUUUCAGGUUUCAUUUGGGCGUCUUCUCCCGCAUUAUUCUCUUUUCACUUGCUGUUGAGAUCGGAGAAUCAUUCUUCUCUUUUGACGCGCCAUUUCAGCUUUUGAAAUACAAUGGCAGACUCUGAGGAUAUUCAGCCACUUGUCUGUGAUAAUGGGACAGGAAUGGUUAAGGCGGGAUUUGCUGGAGAUGAUGCUCCAAGGGCUGUGUUUCCUAGCAUUGUUGGUCGUCCACGCCACACCGGUGUGAUGGUUGGGAUGGGACAAAAAGAUGCAUAUGUUGGGGAUGAAGCUCAGUCCAAGCGUGGUAUAUUGACUCUAAAAUAUCCCAUUGAGCAUGGUAUCGUGAGUAACUGGGAUGACAUGGAGAAAAUCUGGCAUCAUACCUUCUACAAUGAACUCCGUGUGGCCCCGGAGGAGCACCCUGUUUUGCUCACUGAAGCACCUCUUAAUCCAAAGGCUAAUCGUGAGAAAAUGACCCAAAUUAUGUUUGAGACAUUCAACACACCUGCUAUGUAUGUUGCCAUCCAGGCCGUUCUAUCGCUAUAUGCCAGUGGCCGUACAACUGGUAUUGUUUUGGACUCUGGUGAUGGUGUCAGCCACACUGUGCCUAUUUAUGAAGGGUAUGCCCUCCCACAUGCUAUUCUUCGUCUCGAUUUAGCUGGACGUGACCUCACUGAUGCAUUGAUGAAAAUCCUUACCGAGCGUGGUUAUUCCUUUACUACCACAGCCGAGCGUGAAAUUGUAAGGGAUGUGAAGGAAAAGUUAGCUUACAUUGCUCUUGAUUAUGAGCAAGAGCUUGAAACUUCAAAAACAAGCUCUGCUGUUGAGAAGACCUAUGAGUUGCCUGAUGGACAGGUCAUCACCAUUGGUGCUGAGCGUUUCCGUUGUCCCGAGGUUCUUUUCCAGCCAUCCAUGAUCGGAAUGGAAGCUGUUGGUAUUCACGAGACCACAUACAACUCAAUCAUGAAGUGUGAUGUUGAUAUCAGAAAGGACUUGUAUGGAAACAUAGUCCUCAGUGGUGGUUCUACCAUGUUCCCUGGUAUUGCCGACAGAAUGAGCAAGGAAAUCACCGCAUUGGCCCCAAGCAGCAUGAAGAUCAAGGUGGUUGCUCCACCCGAGAGAAAAUACAGUGUCUGGAUUGGUGGCUCUAUCUUAGCUUCUCUGAGCACUUUCCAACAGAUGUGGAUUGCAAAGGCAGAGUACGACGAGUCUGGUCCUUCGAUUGUACACAGGAAAUGCUUUUAAAAUGCUGCAGAAUAUGGCUUUGGUGUAGGUACGGUGUUCUUGUUUGGCAAUGCAUUAGCACCUUGAAAGGAUUGAUGAUUUUUUCUUAAAAAAAGUAUCUAUGUAAUGUUAGAAGAGGGAAGUUGGUGAAGGUGGAGUUUCAUGACAGUUAAUUCUUUCAUUUGUUUUGUUUUACCAUUUGGUAAUUGUUGAACAGUUUAUUUUUAUCUUUCAACGAUAAAUCAAAGACAUUUCAAUUUAUUUUUACUUC